AAAUUCUGAACUUUUGACUUGUUUUGCUUUGCUGUUUUAGAAUUAUAGGUUUAUGGUUUAUCAGCUUUUGUUGUUAAUUAUGAAUUUGUGGGUUGUGAUUAUGUUCUGAUUUGGUUCCGUGAUUUUUCUAAGUAGCUUGACUUGUUUAGUUUAAAUAUGAGGUUAAUGAUUUGUGGGGAUUUGAUAAUUCUGGUUCUUGAAUUUAUUUAAUGGGUUUUUUCAAGAAUCAUGUACUGACUCUGUUCUUUGGAACUUUUCAGAAUUCUGCUUCGGACAUUAAGCUCAUGAGUCAUGACUUCUUCAAUCCAUGAGCUUUCUGAUAACGUUGGAAGUCAUGAGAAGCAAGAACAGAUAGAUUCUCAUUUCCAACCACCAAUUCCUCCUGGAAGAAAUUAUGAAUCAAUUGCUACAAGUUUAGUCUACUCGGAACCGGUUCCUCACCCGGGGAGUACACAUUCCAUGGCACCUGGACAAUAUCCAUAUCCAGAUCCUUACUACAGAAGCAUCUUUGCACCGCCUCCACAACCGUAUACCGGGGUACAUCUACAGUUGAUGGGAAUACAGCAACAAGGUGUUCCUUUACCAUCUGAUGCAGUCGAGGAACCUGUUUUUGUUAACGCAAAGCAAUACCACGGUAUACUAAGGCGAAGGCAAUCUAGAGCAAGACUUGAGUCUCAAAAUAAAGUCAUCAAGUCACGUAAGCCAUAUUUGCAUGAAUCUCGGCAUUUGCAUGCGAUAAGACGACCAAGAGGAUGUGGCGGUCGGUUUCUAAAUGCCAAGAAGGACGACGAGCAUCACGAAGACAGUACUCAUGAAGAAAAUUCCAACCUCAGCUCUGAUAAAUCCGCCAUGGCUGCUUCUAGUGGUACAUCUUGAGAAGGUCAUCCAAGUAGCUUUGUUGUAUUUUGGCUCUGUUUGGUCUCAGAUCAUCUAUGUCUUUAGUCUAUGAUAUAUACAAAUCUUUGUAGAAAGGUAUAGAUAGGUUCUUCGGAGCAAUUAGGUAAACGUGAAGUGGGUUUUAGACUUGUGAUUAUUAAAUAAACCCCACUGAGGAAGAAAGGAAAUAAAUAAAUGUCAUAAAGUUUAGUUAAAUAGUACAAUGCUACUUAUAUUGUUUUGUUGUAAGAAAUUUUGGUAAUAAAACGAAAAAUGGAAGAAUCCACAAACAA